UCCAUCAACAACAAAGAUGGCUGCUCGCACCUGUGACUAGCUACGGAUGUGAGACAGACGGUCACUUCAGGCGCACACAAAAGCAAAGAUCGCAGUCGUGUUUGAAACGCGUGAAAGAGUAGUUGUGUCCAACAUGAGUGGAGAUUUAGCAUCACGCCAUUCAUACGACGAAACACCACAUACAUCGAGGAGCGAAAUGGUGGAGUCAGCUGAAGGAGGAGCUGUGCAAAUUGUGGAGAAGCAAGUUCAGCGACGAAUAUUCAAGAUUAUCGUGAUUGGAGAUUCCAAUGUGGGCAAAACAUGUCUCACAUACCGAUUCUGUUUGGGGAAAUUUCCAGACAAGACUGAAGCUACUAUUGGUGUUGAUUUUAGAGAAAAAGCUGUUCAUGUUGAUGGUGAACAUCUAAAAUUGCAACUUUGGGACACAGCUGGGCAAGAAAGAUUUCGCAAAUCUAUGGUACAACAUUACUACCGUAAUGUACAUGCAGUUGUCUUUGUCUAUGAUAUGACAAAGAUGUCUUCUUUUGAGAAUAUGCCACAGUGGAUUGAGGAAUGUGAUCGUCACAAUCUGAACAAAAGUAUCCCUCGUAUUCUGGUGGGCAACAAAUGUGAUGCAGUAGACCGUGUGGCUGUUAACACAAAUCUUGCUCAGAAGUUUGCAGACUCCCAUAAUAUGCCAUUGUUUGAAACAUCUGCAAAGGAUGAUGAGAAAGCUAACCAUGUGGACGCGAUUUUCAUGACCGUUGCACACAAGCUGAAAAACUCCAAACCUAUGAUGCCCCCACACUUGGCUGAUUUUGUCCCAGGUGAGGUGCCCCGCAAUGUGGAGUACAUCAGCCUGCGAGGGAGCCCGCAUCAUAGAGGCUUGCAGACUGCUGCUCGUGGUCAGUGUGGAGAGAAGUCAGACUGUGGAUGCUGAACAACACAAACUGAUAAACAUAACUGUACAUCUGAUAUAUAUAUAUGCUAAAACUACAUGCAUGUUAUAAAACUCUCCAGACUGCAUGCUAGCACAUUCAGGAGACGUGUAUAUGUAUAUAUCUCAUACUUUUGUAUGAGGGCUGUCUUUGAGUAAUAAGAUUUUCAUGAUCAGUUUACUUUCUAUUUUAUUUGGUUUUUGCAAGGUGGAAAUAAUUAUUGGGCAAAAUUGUCACAUUGGACAUUGUGCCUGGUGUGCCACUAUUUUGUUGUAUUCUGUAUACCACUUUGAACUAUUUUAAACGCUAUGUCUGUACAGUGUUAUUUUAGUAAUAUUUUGUUGCUUUCUUACUGGUGCAGUUGGAAAGGACUUUCUGUGAUAAGAAACAAAAUAUAAGUAGUUUUUUUCAACAUAAGCAAUUUUUUAAACCAUUGAAAACUGGGUUGGCAUAUAAAGGUGUGUGAUGCCAAGCUACACUUAUAUUCUUUUUCACAAUUGUGCUUAUACUAUGAUUUGCAGUUGGCUAAUUCAAUAUGGUAAGUUGAUGUGCUGUAGUUUGUACAGCUGUCCAUCUCAAUCCAUCAAGCAAACCACUUGCUUUUAGUGGUGGUUAUAAAGGCAUAAUGUAUAUACUUUCACUUAACAAGUUUUUCUUCUCUUACUGCUAAUGUUUUGUGUUUUUGAAGUAAUCUUUUACUUUGGUGAUGAUGGGAUUAUAUGGUGCAGAAAGGUUAGCCAAAAAGGCAUCAGUCUUUCAGUUCUUUGGUUACAGAUAUAGUUUUUGACCUGUUAAUAUUUGUGGUGUAAGUUCUUUUUAAGUACCAUCAGUCAUGUCUCAGACCAUUGUAAUUUUUGGUGCAGUUGUUUAAAGAGUUUUUACUUGUGAUCAAUGGAGGACAUCAUGUAUACUUUGCAAAACUAUUAUUAUUUUUUAAUUUCAGCAGUACCUAUUCGUAGUUUUGUUAGUAGCAAUACACAUAGGCUAAGGAGGGUAUAUGGUUUGUGCAAAACGGCAUAUGACUAGAUAGCAUGACAUUUAGACAAGUCCAUUUGAGAGUUGUCACAAACAUUGUGCUUCUACUCAUAGAGCGCAGAGCAAGAUACAUAGAGCAGAGAACAAGAAACUUAGGACAAAGUGUAGGGGAGAGAGUGCAUGUGUGCACCUGUGUGUAUGUGCUUUCAUGUUUUGAUUGUUUGGGUUUUAGAGAUGUAUUAGUUGUGGAUCAUAACCAUUAGCUUUUCUGAAGGUGCAAUUCUUAAUGUGAAACAUUUAUCAACAUUCAGUAUUGGUAGUAUGUAAUUUGUAUAGUGUAAAGUCUGUGUGGUGUUUUUUUCACACAUUACUGCCAUGAUUCUUGUAAGCACAGAGAAGAAUGGGACUUCAGCUUCAAGUGCAAACUUGAGUCUCAUUUACCAUCUGCCAAAUCCCAACUUUUUGUGUGGCUCAUCCUGCAAACCAUCACCAACUACAGGAAUACAAUACCCUCAAAGACUGUGGAUGCCACCCUUCCUGAUAGGCUGAAUGAGUUUAAUGGUCAAUUUGAUGGAGAGUACACCUCACUAAUGACAGAAUGAUUUUUAUGGUCAAUUUGUCAAGGACAAUACCACAUCAGUGAUAGCCACAACUCCUGCAUCUCCCUUUGUUAUAUGUCAGCCUGAGGGGCACAGCUUAUUCUGGUAACAAAGCUGCAGGAAGGCAGCAGACCAAGUGUGUCUGCUUACACACUGAGGCACUGUGCCGACUAGUUCUCUUCUAUCUUCAUUGAUAUCUUCAGCACAUUCCUUUAGCUCUUCGUCAUCCCAUGCUGUUUCAAAGCAUCAAUCAUGAACCUUGUUCUGAAGAAGACAAGGAUAAAUAAUGUCACUUUGUUUGUAGUCCAAUGAUGUGAUCUAAGUUCUGGAAGGACUUGUUCUCAGACAUCCCUUAUACACCACCAAAGGGAAACUGGUCCUUCUCUAAUUUGUCAGUCAGACCAAUUGGUCAGUGAAGGAUGUUGUCUCUCUAGUUCUCUUCAUCCACCAACACCUUGAAUCCCCUGGCUUCUAUGCACCCCUCUUCUUUGUAGACUACAGCUCCACCUUCAACACUAUCAUCUUGCAGAAACUCUUUGAUAAGCUCUCAGUCAGUCUGCUUCUAGAUCCUUGACUUUCUUUUACACCAACCCUAAAGAGUAAGAGUGAUCGCCUAUCCAACAUCCUGGUGUUCAGCAGAAGUGCACAAGGUUGCAUCCUUUUCUGUCACCAACAACUGGUUCAUCUCACAGAUCCAUUAGGAUGGUAACUUUUCCAGUGACACUACAGUGGAAGGUCUCAUCCCAAACAACAAUAUGUGCACCACUAGGAGGUGGAUCACCUGAUGGCUUAGUGCAGUGAAAAUAGUCUAAACUCAAAUGUUUUUAAGACGAAGCAGAUGACUUCAGAAAAGAGAUUACGUGGAGCCUCUCAGCUAAGCCAUUAAGCAGUUUGACCAUUUCAUGUUUUCUGGGAUCUACCAUCUCAAAUAAUCUCAGGUGAGAAAACAAUGUUGAUUAUGAAGAAGGCCCAACAACGACUUUGUGCCUCAGCUGAAAAAGUUUGGCCCAAGUAGGGACAUUCUGGUCUACUUUUACCAGACAUCGAUUGACGGCAUAUUGACAGUCUUGACCACUGUCUGUUAUGGCAGCAUCACCCAGAAGCAGAAAGUUUGACAGCUGGGCGGUGUGUGCAGUUAGCAGAACUAUUGGCUGUGACCUACCCCAUGUAAGCUCAAUCUACACCCACUGCAGCUUGUGCAGGGCACAUCAAAUUGUUUCUGAUGUAUCCCACUCUGCAAUGACCUGUUCUGUUACAUGCCCUCUGAGGCUAGGUAUAGACAUGUGCAGGCCAGAAUUUCCCAGCUGAAAAGCAGUUUCUUUGCUAAAGCAGUAGCCUACUAAACUCUGCCAUGACACAAGUUAGGACCAACAGUUGAAUGUCUCUCUUUGUAGUCUGUGAGCAAUCGUAUACACAUGCUUGCAUGUUUUGGUAUCUAUGGUGAAUCUGAAAUGUGUAGAUAUGUAUAUGUCUAUAUAUAUAUAUGUGAAAAAGAGAGAAAGCAAGAGAAAUAGUGUAUGUGUGCAUGUAUUUACAUGUGUAUAUAGGAUGAGUCAUUUAGGGGAUAUACAUACAAUAGAGCAGGUAGUAGCGUCUGUGAGUGUGGGCAUGUCAUUGUUAUUUGGCUGUCAUCAGGACAUGUUCCUAGUGCAAUGUUACUUGACAAAUAAAUGAAUUCUUCUCCUUUUCUUGCAGAUGUCCUAUAUCAUUUGAAAUCAGUGCAGAACAGUGAAAGUGAAGCUCAUGUGUUGGCUAUUCUGUGAUGUUAUUCAUGUCUUCAUGUACAAUCUGUUCAUUAGGUACUAUCUUGGUAGUUUAUUUCAAACCGAAGUCUUUUAGAGAUAUUUGUUAUAAAUGUACUUUUUCAGUUUUUGUGACAUUCCAGUAGUUUUAAAUUUCCUUAUGGACUAUGCCUAAUGAAAAGUAUGCUUACACAAUUAAUUACACAAUUUAUAAUGCAAACCCACACUUAACAUAAAACAAAACCCACAAAUAGUGAUAGGUGUCCCCUUACUUUGUCAUAACCACUGUGUGACAUGGGUUUGUUUGGUUUUUUUUUAACCUAUGAGAUUUUCAGAUUAGAGACGAGUACAUAGUUUUUACUUGCCAGGGUGUUGUCUACUUUUUCCUAUUUCUCUCAAUCCUUCUUUCCAUGUCUUUACCAUUGCCAGUACUUUCUACGGCAGAUUUUGAUGUUUCCUUGCAACUAUGUCAUGACUAGAAUAACAAGAAGCAAAUUAAAUUUGUGGGGAGUCUUUUGUGUGGAUUUGCUAGCAGCUUCCAAUUUGUUUCUGGACACAUCAUCUGUUCCAUUAAAUUUCCCAAAAUGUCAAUAUCACAAGGAAAUGCAGAAAAGCAAGACGGAAACCACAUUUGGUUCUGAUUUCUGCCUCAGAGAAACUUAAUGGGCAUCUGCUGUCAUUAGCCAGCACAAUUUGUUUUUAAGCACAAGUGAACUGGGUAUUGCAAUAUUAAUUCUAGCCUGCCUUACGGACAUCACUGGAACUGUGGUUUUCUUCUCUUGCCAAUCAGCAGAUAACAAAGGCAGUGUUCUAAACUUGCACAUUUUAUCUUGAAAACAAGUGGUGAUCUGAGUUUAGGAAUUGGCAUCUUGUAGGUACCAUAGUUAUUUGAAAUUUCUGUUGGCAUUUAACACAAUAAAGGUGUACUAUUUAAAAAAAAUUAAAAGUACAUAAUAUGAAAUGCUGUUUUGGAGUGAGUUGGAUAGUGUCAUGUAAGAAUUAAGUGCUUGUACCCAGGCCAGGAGUUAUGGUCUCACAGGCCUCCGUGCUGUGGUGUAUACAGCAGUAAGAACUUUGUGUUUUGCUGUGCUGCAUAGCUUGCUUUUAUGUGCUUUUUUUCCUUAUAUUUGGGCUUUUUUACUCAAGCUUAUUCUCACCCUCAGCAGACUAACACUCCACAAUUGUGCAGAGUUAUCUGUUGCAGACUGAAGCCACAGAUCCUGGAUUCCUCUUAGAUGAAACAAAGAAAUCAUUGGCACCUGUGAGAUUUAACUACUUUGAUGCUGUGAGAAAACCAUCUGUACCUUGACAAUCAGCACCAUGCAAAGCCAUCCUUGAACUUAGGAUUUGACAUGGCAGAAACAGCCAGAGCUCAGAAAGUGGAAAGAGCUGCAAGAUACUUAAUUUUCUUAAUAAUAAUAUGCUAUACUUAAAAAUAUGCUAUACUUGCCCAUGCAACAUUAUACUUAUUGCAUAUAAUGGGUCUUCCACUUUUUGUAUUCUUCAAGAAAGAUGAGGAGGUUGAUAAUAAUUUGUCAUGCUGUAACACUGUUUACUUCACAAAGAUGUUCAGUUCAAUUCUCUCAAGUUUGGUCAUUAGGGGAAGGGUGCAACAGAUUCUCCAGAACAGUUCCAGUUCACAAUGAUCCUAUGUUGCUUCAGUGCCCAACUCACUAAGAUUUUGUAGAUUCACAAUGAUUCAAUUGAUUUGUUAUGAUGGUCAUUUCAUAAAAAGCUGCCCCAUGUAACCACACCAUGUCAGCAAAGUGUGGAACAUCAUUAUCAUUUUUACUGUUUCUCAUGCCAUGUUUAGAGGAGGUGUUUGUUUUGUUCAUGAAACUUCGCAAAUGAAAUCCACAGUUAUUGCAUGUUUGUUUUAGUUUUAAGAAGCCCCACCUGUCUUGCCCACAGCUUGAUCAUCCUGGACCAAGUCAUUUCUUUGCAUUUUUGGGUUUUUUUUUGUCCAGCUGGAGUACUAGUCUUUUGUGUACAAAGUUGAAAUGUUGUCCAGCAGGAGUGCUAGUCUGUUGUGUGCAGCUCCUUUACUUAGGGUAUGUUGCAGCUGUUGGUGUAGGGCAACUCUCAAGUACCCAUCUGACUAUGUAGUUCACAGUUUAUUCAAUACAGCAUUUCCAAUUUAUGACAUCUUCAAUGAAGAUAAUGGUUAUGAUAAAUUUUAUGCUGUCUUCUAGUAAUCUGAUAUUGACUGCAUAUUCACGAAGAGAUAGCGAUUUGGAACUUCCUUCACAAACAGUAAAAUUAUUUCACUUUGAAAAUCUUUCUCACUUGAAACUUGCCACAUAUAUAAAUCCCAUGAACUGUUAAAAAUAGUUUGCCAUGUACAGAAGAAGAUGGCCAGUUCUUAGUAAGAAAAUGACAAGGAAAAUAUCUAACAUGCCAUCAAUUUCUUGUAGCAUUCAAGUACAUGUGCCAUCAAGGUUCAUUGAUAUUCACCGAUACAUACCAACCUAAAAUUUGUCUUUGCAUUUCACAUGAAGCUUCUCGCAGAUUCAGGUGUUCUUGAGACUUCUCAGAUCACAGGAAUCACAUGACAUCAGGAUCCUUCAGAAUUUCUGCCAAAUGUUGUAGGCAACGAAGCUGUCAUGACUUCUGAGUGGUACAUAAGAUACAAGGACACAUCCCUAUUUUAUUUGCUAAUACUGUAGGUAGAUUCUGAGAACCAAAUUUUUUUUUUUUUAUUUCUUCAGAAAGAAAAAAUCUUUAGCAUUAUGGAUAAACACCAUAGCGUGGUGAACAAUUUUAAUUAAAAAUCAAACAAGAAAUUGUGUAACUUUCCAGUGCAUGGUCCUUAGUCAUGUCUCCUUUUAGCUUCUAAGGUUGAAUGCUCUGAGUGCAAAACUUACUUUUUAAGUCUAUCAGCACUCCAGAUGUACCCAUUGCUGGUACUAAUCUAAUAACAUGCAAGUGAUUUCUCUGUUGUUAUUUUUCACAAGAUGAUUUUAUUUUUAGAAUGUAAUCAAGUAUUAAAAGUAUUUUAAGUAUUUAUCAAGUAUUUUACAUGUGAUGUUGUCAUGCUGGGGUUUUUGUCCCUUGGUUUUGAUGCUAGUUGUGACCAAUUACAAACAUUUUCUUCUAUGUUCCAUUGCUUCAACUUACCAAGCCUUUUGGGGGACUGGUUUAACUUUGCUUGUGGAAUUAAGAAUCCAUAGUCUCAAAAUGUAAAUAUUUAUUUUGUAUGCAAACACCUGGUUUUUGCAUACAUUUGUCAAUCAGAAUAAAGUCAUUUGUGGAAAAAUCA